AUGGUCUGCUGCUGGGCGCGCCUGGUGUUCCCCGCCGGUGUAGAGAUGCCUUGGCAUCCACUUGAGGGCAUUGAGAAUCGUGGACGUGUAGGGGCCAUGUUGGCGUUCUCGUCAGGGCUGCAAGAGGGUGUACACAAAGGUAUUUAUAAGGUCCUGGAGGUAGAUGUCGAGACCCCCAGUGGUGAGUCUGUCAAGGCUCGAUCCUACCAAGUUAUCCGUCCAUUGGAGGAAGAUAGAAGGCCAUCGUUUGUAUAUAUGGAAGUUAUUCUCCAAGGAGCUCGAGAAAAUGGCCUUCCAGAGGGUUACAUUAAGUUCCUGGAGAGCAUUGAACAUAAUGGGUACUCUGGUAAAGUCGACGUCAAUAUAGAUCUCCUCAAGCUAAUACCUAACUGAGCUCCACCCUCUCAAAAUUUGUUUUAUAUUUAUUGUUAAAAGUGUUAUGAUACAGCCAUGCAUUAAGAUACUCGUAACUGCUCCCUUAACAUCUCUCUGGUAUCAUAUGUAUAAUACUGUUGAGUAAAAUAUUGGUCUGAAUAAAGAAGUUGUAGCACACUGUACAGUUAUUUUUUAAUGCAGUUGUUGAAAAGUAAUAUUAUCUUUAGUGUGUUUGCUUACAUAAAAAAAAACUAUUGUUGUGGCAUUAAAAAUCUAAAAUCCGUUGCUUUUAGUGUAUAAAAACAAGGUGCAAAAGAGCAGUUGAGAAUGUGUGUAAUAAAAUACUGUAGCAUGAGAGUAAUUUUUCUAAGUCCAAGUCGUAUAUUUUCAAUACUGUAAUAGCAUCAUUUGAAAUUUAUCAAUUUAUGAGAAUGACAAGACUUUUAUUAUUGUAAACACCGGCACAAGCUGACCAUAAACUGUUCAAAGUAAGUAAAGGAAAGAGUAAAUCAGAUGGUCAGAAUUAGUAUUCACAGAACUCAUGGAUGCUGUAAAGAAUCAGCUUAAUCAAUGGAUUUAAGAUGAAAACAUAUGAAUUUUUUUUAAAGUUCCCUUUCAAAUUUUUGUUCCACGGCAGUAUUAUCCAGAACUGCUUUUACAGACGUACAAUUAAAUAGCUUUUUUCCGAAGUGCUUGGUUGAUAUGACGACAUUCUGGUAAGAAACUCCAAAGAUUUUUUUUAAUUAAAUUUUACCAGCAUUUUUAACACUGUCAAUACUAAAACCAGAAAAUUAUACUAUCUGCUUCAAAAUACCAACCCUCCCAGGACAUCAUGAGUUGCAUGUAGUAUUUUAAAAUUCAUCAGAGCCAUCCUGGCAGCUACGUUUUUGAGACACUGUACAGUAUGUAUGUUUCUGAAGAUACUGUAUGUAAAAGAUAGACAAUAGAUAAUAGCCAUAAAAUAAAGAUACAUCAUUGUUGUAAUUGGAAUUAGAUGGAGGUCAAAUAUGAUAUUAAGAGCUGUGUAGCUCUAGUUUAUUGUACAAUAUUCUUAAAACAUUCAGAGGAAAUGAGAAACAAAUGACUUAAUGGCAAUCACGGCUAACCCAUGCAAUAGUAGAAAUGUCCGUAAAAUGAUGAUGAUUAUGUAGCGUGAAGGGUAAUGUUACUGGACCUAGACUUGGCAGUUAUGAGUCAUACUCAGUUGAAUUAAUGUUCUUAAUUUUUUUCUUCAAUUUAAUUUACUGAAAUAUUCUAUAUAGCAUAAAAUAUUGAAAAAGGCCAAGAAGUCAAAACUGUUUAAGUGUGCAUUAUCAUAAUUAGUAUAUCCAAGGUGACAGAAUAGAAAGACAAAUUUCAGUAUGGUAUUUGUGUCAUAUAUUCAAGUUUAUGAUUUUUGUGUACUGUACAGUUAAAGACAAAUUUCUUAUGCAGAGGUUUUCAACCUUUUAAAAUUCUGGUUUCAUUGUAAAGAGUAAAAAUGUUUUCAUCAUUUAUUCUGGGAUUUAAAUCUUAAAAAUGUUACUUGAAAUGUAAAACAGUAAAACCCAGGUAUUGUCGACCAAGUUUUAUUCCGCAUUUAUUUUAUAUACCACAUGACAGUAAAACAAGUCUUGGUCAUCUUUAUCAGAAACUAGAAGUGUCAGUGAAAUAUAUAUA